UUGAUAAUCAUGCUCUAACCAUUUCAAUCUAAAACAGGAACAAACCCAAAGCGAAACAGGAAAAACCGAGAAGCUCUUGUUUACACUCUUCUAUCUCUCUCCAUUUCUAGUUUUGGCGAUUCCAUACUGCCACAUUGCACUGCGGUUUAGUGUAAGAUGCGGCUGACCCGUCGGUUUAUGUUGACGUCGUCCGUCCGGCGUCUGACGUCGACCGCCAGCCAUAACUUUGAGUUCAUGUCCUAUAUGGUCAAUAAGAUUAAUUCGGUCAAUAAAGCACUUGACAAGGCCACUCCUCUCUGCAAGCCGGUAGUCAAAAUCCGUGAGGCCAUGAGGUACACGCUUCUCUCGGGCGGAAAACAUGUAAGGCCAGUGCUCUGCUUGGCUGCGUGCGUGCUUGUAGGCGGCCAAGAGUCAACCGCAAUGCCGGCUGCAUGUGCAGUUGAAAUGAUUCACGCGUCGUCUCUCAUCCAAGACGAUCUCCCUUGUAUGGAUGAUGACAGUCUCCGCCGCGGAAAACCCACCAAUCAUAAAGUUUUUGGCGAAGAUAUAGCCGUCUUGACCAGGGAUGCGCUCAUAGCUUUGGCCGUUGAGAAGAUGGCGACAUCAACUUCGUUAGGCGUUUCUCCAGAGAGGGUUCUUCGGGCCGUAGUGGAGAUGGCCAAGGCAGUAGGAACGGAAGGGCUUGUCGCGGGUCAAGCGGCAGAUCUUUCCGGAGAAGGGAUGAGCUUAGAAGAGGACGGAGCCCGGUUGGAACAUCUUGAGUUUAUACAUAUUCACAAAACGGCGGCGUUGCUUGAAGCAGCAACGGUUACGGGAGCCAUAAUGGGAGGUGGGUCUGACGGAGAGAUCGAGAGGCUUAGAAAAUACGCGAGAUGUGUUGGCCUGAUGUUCCAAGUGGUCGAUGAUGUGCUAGAUGUGACUAAAUCGUCAGAUGAGUUAGGGAAAACAGCCGGUAAAGAUUUGAUCGCCUCAAAGUUAACCUAUCCUAAAGUGAUGGGAGUGGAGAAGUCGAGAGAAUAUGCUGAUGAGUUAAAUAGAGAAGCACGUGAACAUCUUCAUGCAUUCGAUUCAGCUAAGGUGGCUCCUUUGCUAUCUCUAGCUGAUUACAUUGUCAAUAGACAAAACUAAUGUGGCAAAUUGCUGAUGCUUAAAUUGCUUUAUAAUAAAAUAAAAUAAAUUACUAAAA